AUGGAGGUCAGAGGCAGAGCUGGCACCUUGUGCAUGACUUAAUAUGAACGUGAAUAAUUUUUAAUUACUUCUGAGCUAGAAGGAUUAGCAAUUGCUGAUGAGUCGCAAAAUGGCGGCGACACUAUCGAUCAGAUGCCUUAAAUCCUUUAAAAUGAACUAAGAAAUUCCAGUAAAUAGUAAAGCUUAUAAUGCAGUAAAAUGAUCAACUCAGGCACUGCAGAUUCUAGCUAGCAAUCAAACUAAAAUUGA